GUAAACCACUUCACUACUGACAGACAGCACUUCUGCUUCUUUUGCUUUGUUACAAAACAGUCUGCAUUUUCAAGAGUGUCAGGACCUGAUUAUUAUCACCGUUCUGUUAUGAAACUGUUUUGCAAACUGCUGAAGACAAUGUUUCUUCUCAUCUGUUUGUGCUUAUGGAGUCUGGCUGGUGUGUUUGGUGAUGAAGUGAAGUCAGUAUCAGUGAUGGAGGGAGAUUCUGUCACUCUGAACACUGAUGAUACUGAUCUUCAGAAAAACAAUCAGAUACUGUGGAGAUUUGGACACAACAUUCUCAUCGCUCAGAUCAACAGAAAGAACAAUAAGAGCAGGUUUUAUGAUGAUAUUGCUGAUGGGAGAUUCAGAGACAGACUGCAGCUGGAUCAUCAGACUGGAUCUCUGACCAUCACCAACACCAAAACCACAGACUCUGGACUUUAUAAAGUUACCAGCACCAGCGCACAGAAGCUGUUCAACACAUUCAGUCUUACUGUCUAUGCUCAUCUGCCAGUUCCUGUCAUCAGCAAUGACUCUUCCCAAAAUCCUUCAUCAUCAUCAUCAUCACAGCAGAAUUGUUCAUUGGUGUGUUCAGUGGUGAAUGUGGGUCAUGUGACUCUCUCCUGGUACAAAGGACACAGUUUAUUGUCCAUAGUGCUGAUUUCUGCGGCUGCUGCUGGAUCUCUGUUGAUCGUACCUGCAGUCGUGAUCUUCUGCAUUUGCAGGAAACACAUGGAUCUCUGUUGA